AUGGAUACAGAUAAUAAUCAAAUAGAAGCUCAUUCAUUGAUUAUUUAUGAUAUGUUGCUAUUGCCUGGAGCACUACCAUCAACAAUACAAUCGCUGACGUUUGGUGAUAGCUAUAAUCAACCAAUAUCAGUUGGUGUAUUACCACCAACAUUACAAUCAUUGACAUUUGGUGAUGGUUAUAAUCAACCAAUAUCAGUUGGAGUACUACCAGAAUCAUUACAAUCGCUGACAUUUGGUGAUAGUUAUAAUCAAGCAAUAUCAGUUGGAACACUGCCAUCAACAUUACAAUCAUUGACGUUUGGUGAUAGUUAUAAUCAAGCAAUAUCAGAUGGAGUAUUACCAUCGUCAUUACAAUCAUUGACAUUUGGUGAUAGUUAUAAUCAAGAAAUACCAGUUGGAGUAUUACCAUCAUCAUUACAAUCAUUGGUGUUUGGUAAUGAAUAUAAUCAAGCAAUAUCAGUUGGAGUAUUACCAUCAUCAUUACAAUCAUUGACAUUUGAUGAUCGUUAUAAUCAAGCAAUAUCAGUUAGUUAUAAUCAAGCAAUAUCAGUUGGUGUAUUACCAUCAUCAUUACAAUCAUUGACAUUAGGAGAUAACUAUAACCAACCUCUAUCAGUUGGAGUAUUACCAUCGUCAUUACUAUCAUUGACAUUUGGAUGGCACUAUAAUCAACCAAUUUCAGUUGGAGUAUUACCAUCAACAUUACAAUCACUGGUAUUUGGUGAUGGUUAUCGUCAACCAUUAUCAGUUGGAGUAUUACCAUCGUCAUUACUAUCAUUGACAUUUGGAUGGCACUAUGAUCAACCAAUUUCAGUUGGAGUAUUACCAUCAACAUUACAAUCACUGGUAUUUGGUGAUGGUUAUCGUCAACCAUUAUCAGUUGGAGUAUUACCAUCAUCAUUAAAAUCAUUGACACUGGGAAGAUUCUAUGAGCAACCUCUAUCAAUUGGAGUAUUACCAUCAUCGUUACAAUCAUUUUUUUGGGAAUAUAAUCACCCAAUACCAAUUGGAGUAUUUCCGUCAUCAUUGCAAUCAUUGACAUUUGGUCGGGAGUACAACCAACCAAUAUCAGUUGGAGCAUUACCAACAUCAUUACAAUCAUUGACGUUUGGUGAUAGAUUUAAUCAACCAAUAUCCAUUGGAGUACUUCCAUCAACAUUACAAUCAUUGACGUUUGGUAGUGAAUUCAAUCAACCAUCAAUUGGAGUAUUGCCAUCAACAUUACAAUCAUUGACUUUUGGUUAUGGCUUUAACCAAGAAAUAUCAAUUGGAGUAUUACCAUCAUCAUUACAAUCAUUGGAACUUGACCAAAAACGAUUCCUUUCAACUGGAGUACUACCAUCAUCAUUACAAUCACUGAAACUUAGUUAUAGUAAUGAUCAACCUCUAUCAGUUGGAGUAUUACCAUCAUCAUUACAAUCACUGAAACUUCGUUAUAGAAAUGAUCAACCUCUAUCAGUUGGAGAAUUACCAUCAUCAUUACAAUCAUUGGAGUUUUAUUAUUACAAUAAGCCCUUAUCUCGAGGAGUAUUACCAUCAUCAUUACAAUCAUUGGUGUUUGGCAAUUACUUUAUUCAACCCCUAUCACCUGGAGUAUUACCAACAUCAUUACAAUCAUUGACAUUUGGUGAUAGAUAUAAUCAAGCAAUAUCCAUUGGAGUAUUACCAUCAUCAUUACAAUCGUUAACUUUAAAUCGACACUAUGAUCAACCCAUAUCUUUUGGAGUAUUGCCACAAUCAAUGCAGUCAUUGACAUUUAACAUUCGAGGUGGAGAUUCCACCACAAUCUUGUGUGAUUUCAAGCAAUCAAUCCAAGUUUCGAAAAACUAUAUUAGGAUAGGACUCAAUGGCCUUGUAAAGCUUCCAUCGAAAAUAGGGUCGAUCAUCUUUACAACCACUCGCUCGUCACCUAGUGAUAUCGAUAUAGCUAAAUGUUUUUCCAAUCAAACAACCCAAUCAAAUACGAAUUUACAAUCAAAUCCCAACUCUAUCAAUCGCGAUCCAAAAUAUGUUUUGACAUACCCCAUCAGUCAGACAGAAUAUGUUACAGUCAACAACAACAAAUAUUUCAAAUUAUAUCCAUAUCCAUAUACAGCCAACAAAGUAUUUCUAGUUUUAUCAGAGUCUUCCAGAGUAUUGUAUGUUUACAAAGAAAUGGAUUACUCUAAAAGUAAAUCAAUACAUGAUAGAGCUCAAUUUGAAGUCAAGUGCAUGAAGCUAUUCUUGAACGAUGAUAUGUUUGUCCAAUACAAAGACCAUGAGGACAAGACAGACGAACUCAAAUAUUGUAUAUUGACUCUUUAUUAUCAAGGUGGUGAUCUCGACCAAUUAUGUCAAUACAAAAUCAAAAGGAAUAACACGAUAAAAAUCAAAAAAAAUCAUAGAAAGGUUCAACAAGAUUUCAAAUAUAUUAAAGAGAGGCAUAUAUGGAAUUAUAUUGAAAGAUUGACCCUAAUACUCGAAAAACUAUCACAUCACAAGAUUGCACAUCUCGAUAUCAAACCACUCAAUCUUUUUAUUGGGGAAGAUGGUAAAAUUGUACUUGGUGAUUUUGGAUGUUCUAGCCAUUUCAUUGUUGAUGCAAAUCAGCCCCAGAACCAGAAUGCUCAAACAAUCAUGAUAGUUAAUAACGAAAAUCACUCUAUAAAUGAGAGUAGUGUUUCCCCAAUUACGCUUCUCACAAAUGCACGUGGAACACGAGGAUAUUACUCACCUGAAUCAAAACAAAAACAAUAUUACUCUAAAAGCGAUGUCUAUUCUCUUGGAUGUACUCUUCUCAAAUUACUUUCAUGUCAUCCAGACGACAUUGCAAACAGGAAUGAAUUUGUAGAGAAUCAUAAAAAUGGUAACUUUAAUGUUGAUCUGGUUAAAAUAUCAUCACUCCGGUAUUCAGAUGCUUUGAUUCGAUUUGUCAAGGAACUAUUAAUUGCAACUCAUCAAGAUCGUCUUUCACCCAAUGAUGAUUUGACUGUUGAAGAUGUCGGCCCAUACACACAGAAAAUUACAGCGCCAUUCUUAAUUGACAACAGAAAGAUCGACCCAGAUGCCAUAGAAUUAAUAUUCGAUGGAGAGUUCAACAGUCCUCUUAGAGCAUUGCUUCCACCAACACUUUUAAAGUUAAAGUUGUUUGGAAAGUUUAAUCAACCUAUCGGUUAUCUUGACAUCCCUGUUAGUGUUGAAACUUUAAUAUUUGGACCAUCAUUUAAUAGUCCAUUGGAUAGCACUACUUUAGGAGGAAGUUUAAAAGCGAUUGUUUUUGGUCGAUCAUUCAAUCAACGAAUCAAUCUUUCCCAAUUGAAGAAUCCUCCAUAUUAUUUCAGACUCAAAUCAAAACAAUCGGAUGUCCAAAUGCCCAUUAUCAACAUUACCACAGAUAUUUGGAAUAAAGAGAAACAGUAUAAUAUCUUUCCAAAAGUUAUCAAUCACGAAUUUGAUAUCUUUGCAAAAGUUAUCGAUAACGAAAUUGACAUCAAACACAUUAAUAUUUACCACACAGGUAGAGGAAAUGUUCAUUCGAUCAGCACUCUCAAUUCAUUUACCAAUAUUCACAUGCAUUCUAAAAUCAUAUUGACAAUUGGUGAAAAAUGUUUUGGAAUCGGUGAAAUCAAUACAGAAAAUAAUGUGUUAUCUUGGAAAAGAAAUUACCUUGGCAUUUUAUUCAAAAUAGAUUUAAAAGAUGUCAGCGUCAUAUCAUUUGUUCAAGCAUCUAAAUAUGAACAUCUAUUUUAUCAAAUCGAAAAGUCUUUUCUAAAAAAACAACUCAAACAAAACUAUACUCUGCACGUAAAAUAUCCAUUGGUGAAAAUGGAUAAGUUAUUUAAAUUGGACAAUGAUAAUAUUCAUCAAAUGUUUGAACAUGAUCAUCAAUAUUUGAAUAUAAGAUUUAUUCCUGUUCCAACUGAACAAGACAUUGAACAACAACCCAAAUAA